AUGCGUUUGUUUCUUGUUCACGUGUGCGCAGGCUUCGCGUUUGGCGAAUGCUGGUACAAGCUCUACGAAUCUGUAACCGAAGGCUUCGAAAACGAAGCCCCUUACUUGGCCGUAUGGCUCCACGGUGGCGAUUGGGGGAACAUCUCCAAGCGAGACCUGCAGACCAUGCAGUGGCGAAUGGGCAGAAGGACAAUCUGGAUGGUCCCGAAGAGUCCCAAGAGUGCUCGAUCACCAAAGGGAUGGGAGUUUCAAUGGGGCUGCUGCCACAAGAAGGAGGACAAUCGGAAUGACCAGGGCUUCAUCUGGGGUCACCUCCACUCCAGCUUUCUCACUGCCUUCGCCGAGACCAUCGGCAACGUGGCACAUCGCUUCCAGGCGGACCGGGUGCUUGCCUUUGGCUACUCCAUGGGUGGCUUCGGGGCAUACCAGGUAGCCAGCUGGUCUCCGGAGGUCUUCGAUGCAGUCGUGUCUCUGGCAGGUUACGGCCUGGGUACGGAGGACCCUCAACACGAGCGUUUCCGUGCCCCACAGCCCCAAAGCGGGCAAAUUUUCCGUGAUUUCGUGGAGCGCUAUGGUACCCGCAUGGCCAAAGUUCCUGUGGUACUGGCUGUGCACGCAUGGUGUGACAGCCUCUCCAGCUACAACGAUGACUGUGAGAUCAUCUGGGCCGUCAAGCAUCAAGCUCGCCGUGAGGAAUUGGGGGCGUGGGGCGAAGCGCCAGUGGCCAAGUUCGCGGACAUCGUGGGGCCAACAGAAAUGGGCGAAGUGCUGAUCAAGAUCUCUCGUGCUGGGGACGUGCUCAAGAUCGGCCUCAGGGUUGUCGAUUUUCACAAGCUGAUAUCCCACGACUUCGUGGAAUGCGGGGGUGGCGUCUUCCACGUCUUGUCCUAUCACACCUGCAAGACCUACAACAUUCCAAUCUCGGACCGCGGCAUCUACGUGGCCCAGAGCGGCUUCAGCUUCGGCCUCCAAAUUCCGGUCUCGGCUGUGAUCACCUCUGUGGCCGGGAAGAGGGUGACCAGCCUCAAAGCUUUCGAGACCGCUUUGGCCGGCAUCCCGAACAAGGAGAUGUUUGAAGUUCGCUGGUUCAACCCGUCCGCCAAUGAGCACCGGCAGAAAUGCUCCAUGAUCCGCAUGGAGCGAACGCUUUGGCCAGCGAGGGUGUGGGACUUUUGCCCGAAGCGCCCCAACACCUGGCAGAGGAGGUCGUGGGACGGCGAGGUGGCAGACGACAAGAGGGGGGCAGCUGCGGCCACCACGGAGCCCGUAGAGUGCAGCCCUGUCUCCGAUGCCCGGAGCCGGGCUUCAGCAGAACAGGACGCCGACGUGGGCCCAGCAGCCCUAAGCGGUCAAGAGGACUCGUUUGGCUACCCUGAAAAUUCUGACGCUGCCAUCUCUAUGGUGCAGCCGAUGUUGUGCACCAUCGUGACACAAGUCUCACACGAGUACGCAACGGACUUCCUGCAGAGCAAAGAGGAGAACAAGUCGACGGUCAUCCGGCGCUGCGGUGUGGGGUUAGUGAUUGACUCCACAGCUGGUUUGGUGCUGACGGACCGCUACACCGUACCCCAGCCGCUCGUGGAGGUGGAGCUGACAUUUGGCCAGACCGUGACUGUGAACGCCACAUGCCUCUUCAUGCACCCUCACCACAACAUGGUGCUGUUGCACUAUGCCCCGACAGCAGUCAAAGAUCUUCCCGUUCGCUCCAUCGACCUCAGCGAUGUGGCAGCGGGAGAUGCGACCAAGACGGACGAGCUGAGCGCAGGUCAGAUUCUGUCGUUUGUCUCCAUCCAUUCUGACCAUCAGCUCUCAGCGAAGCAGGUGACGGUCGGCAGCAUGUGCCUCAAAGUUUGGCCGUUUCCGCAACCUCCAGCAUACCGUGGAAGGAACUUGGAGAUUUGCAACUUGAAUGACACGCUCCACGGCUUGGGCGGGCUUCUGAUCGAGCCUGCUCCGUCUUACCGCAUCCGGGCCUGGUUCGCCCAGUUCCCGGCAGGCAGCCUUCGAUACCUGGCCGGCGUGCCCGUGCAGGUGUUUGCAGCUGUUUUGGCCUCUCUAGGCCUGCCUUUGCAGGGCAGCUGGGCUGGCAAGCGAGGGCCAGCUGUGGACCCCACGUUGGCUGUGGCCGCUCUGGAGUGCGAAUUUGAAGAGGUGUCUUUGGCCAAGGCCCGCCGCGAGGACGGCGUGCCUUUGGAGAACGCCCGGGCCUUGGCCGCUUGCAGCUCUGGGGGCCGGCGCCACAUCCUGCGCGUGGGCCGCAUCACGUCAGGCGGCGGCUGCGACGGCGUCCUUCUGGAGGGCGAUCUCAUCCUUAGCAUCAACGGCAAGCCGGUGACGAAGCCACACGAGGUGGAGCGCGAGAUGCGAAAGUGCCAUGUAGCACGCGCAGAGGUGAAUUCGAUGUCUUGGCGGGUGCAGCGGUCCCGGCAGCCCGUUGAUCUAGACCUGAGGCCCACGUUGCUCCACUCCGACGGCACCGAGCACAUCGUAGUGUUCAAUGGCGUGGUCCUCCGACCGACGCCUCGUGCGGUGGCGGAGCGGGGUGGGCCGACCCUACCCUUCACCCGGCCGGGGCAG